CUUGUGAGUGUAGGCUGCUGCUCCAUCUCUUUUUCGCAGCAAGCGAUCUGCGGUGGUCAGGCAGACAGUCGGGAUAAGGGUCACUGCAACCCAUCAAGAGAGGGCUACAAAGGGAGAUAAAGGCGCAAUAAAAAGCCUAACAUUGAGGUGGAAGGGGGGAAGGCAAAAUAUUAUUAUUUCGCCCAAACUGCACAAGGAUAACGGUCGGAGACUUGUGAGGAGACGGAAAGUUCAAGCUGAGCAAAAAAAGAAAAUAACUGAAAAGGUCUGGGAACGGCUACCGAGAAAUAAUCAGACUACUGUCUAACAUCUUUUGAUUCAUAUAUCAUUAGGAGGCUAGUAAGAAAUGGAACGCAAAAUCCCUGACUUCUCCGGAACCUGGAAAAUGAAAACUUCGGAGAACUUCGAGGAGCUUCUGAAAGCGCUAGGAGUGAACGUGCUGCUGAGGAAGAUCGCCGUGGCGGCCGCGUCGAAGCCGUCGGUGGAGAUCAGCCAGCAGGGGGAGACCCUGUCCAUCCUGACCUCCACCUCCGUCCGCACCACCCGCGUCUCCUUCACCGUGGGGCAGCCCUUCGCCGAGGCCACCGUGGACGGGCGGUCCUGCACGAGUUAUCCUCGCUGGGAGACUGACUGCAAAAUCACCUGUGAGCAAGUUCUGCAGAGGGGGGAGGGGCCCAAGACCGCAUGGACCCGGGAGCUGACCAAUGACGGCGAGCUUGUCCUGAGGAUGAGCGCUGGGGACGUUGUGUGCACCAGGGUAUAUGUUCGAGACUGAAAGACAGAAUUAUCACUCCAUCCCUGCAGUUCUUUUCUGCACUACGUCAGUUCGCCCCUCCACACGGAGCAGAAUACGACGCAGAGAAAUCUUCAGUGUAAAGUUAACUCUGAGAGUGUAUUUUUAACACUGAUGAAGUACACAUUGCCCCUAUUGGACAGUAUGUACUUUAUUAAACAUAUGUAAGUGUAAAACCAACUCUUAUAAACUUGUUGAGUUGAUUUUUACACUGUUAGAGUUUUUUAACACUAGUGAUCUAUCUACUGCCAUCUUGUGUUGUUUAUAAACCGCAUUCCGCAUUCCUUUUGUACCACGUAUUGUGUUUGCAGCAUAGCAAUAAAGAGGCAGAUUAUCAUG